GUUUUUCUGCACAGAUAAAAUUGUAAACAAAGCGCGCCGCACGUGUGUUAUUUAUUUAUAUUAAAGAAAAUUUAAUUCCAAGAGCACCCAGAAAUGGCCGGAAACUUUGAGCUGCUCAGUGAGCAGGGCCUGCGCCUGGACGGACGUCGUCCUCACGAGCUGCGCCACAUCAAGUGCAAACUGGGCGUCUUCGAGCAGCCCGAUGGCAGUGCCUACAUGGAACAAGGAAACACCAAGGUGCUGGCCGCCGUCUAUGGACCGCACCAGGCCAAGGGCAAGAAGACGGAGUCCAACGACGUGAUCAUCAACUGCCAGUACAGCCAGGCGACGUUCUCCACGGCGGAGCGCAAGAACCGUCCACGCGGCGACCGAAAAUCCCUGGAGUUCAAGAUGUAUCUGCAGCAGGCACUCAGUGCGGCCAUCAAAUCGGAGCUGUAUCCCCGCUCCCAGAUCGACAUCUACGUAGAGGUGCUUCAGGCCGACGGGGCAAACUACGCGGUGGCACUGAAUGCGGCUACGCUGGCGCUCAUUGAUGCAGGGAUCUGUCUGAACGAAUUUAUUGUCGCUUGCACCGCCUCGCUGAGCAAGUCUAACAUCCCACUCACCGACAUCUCGCACUUUGAGGAGGUCUCCGGCGGCCCCAAGCUGACCGUGGCUGCCUUGCCCACCGCCGAGAAGAUCGCCUUCCUGGAGAUGAGCGAGCGGUUCCACAUCGACCACUUGGAAACCGUCAUCGAGACUGCAAUGGCAGGUUGCCGUGAAAUUCGGGAUAUUCUAGAGGCGGCGGUCAAGGAGCAUCUCGUGCACAUGGGCAGUGCUGCCGACUGGGCGAGAGUUUGUUAAAAUAAACUAGUGUUUUCCUUUCGUAA